GUCUUUGGAUUUUAUCCCAAGUAAAUUGCGAACAGAGAUUGAAGCCCACCAACAAAACAAAAGACGUUCCCCCUCACCAGCUUUGCUUCGAACGUCUCUCCGCUCCCUCUUAAACCUCUCGCUUGCUUGCCCCCUCGCCAGACGUCGUUCGGAGCAAGUAGAAGCCAACUUGAAUCGAAUAUGGUGGACUGCGCGUUGCCUCUAAAAUCCCAGUUUAUAUCUUCGAAACACAAACUCAACCCACCUCCAUUUCGCUUACCUCCCUCCACUCUCGUACCAUUUCAAGCUUGUCGUCAAUGGGCCUUGAGGGAGAAGCUGAAGAUGAACAAAAAGAAGAUUAUCAGGUUUUUCUGCGAGCUCGAAGCUAGCGGCAAGGUCAACGGCGUUCUUUCGGGGGACUCCGACCCUCGCUUCCUCGACAGGCAAAAAGCACUUGAAGCAGCAAUGAAUGACAUAAACAAUUCAUUUGGGAAAGGAAGUGUAACAAGAUUGGGCAGUGCUGGUGGAGCUCUGGUUGAAACAUUUCCAAGUGGCUGUUUGACAUUGGACUUUGCCCUUGGUGGUGGGCUUCCCAAAGGGAGAAUUGUAGAGAUAUUUGGGCCGGAAAGUAGUGGAAAGACUACGCUAGCACUCCAUGCAAUUGCAGAAGUGCAGAAGCUUGGAGGCAAUGCCAUGCUUGUUGAUGCAGAGCAUGCUUUUGAUCCAGCUUACUCGAAAGCACUGGGAGUAGAUGUGGAAAAUUUGAUCGUCUGCCAACCUGACAAUGGAGAAAUGGCGCUAGAGAUCGCAGACCGUAUGUGCAGAUCUGGUGCCAUAGAUCUUAUUUGUGUUGAUUCUGUCUCUGCUCUCACUCCACGAGCAGAAAUUGAAGGUGAGAUUGGGAUGCAGCAGAUGGGUUUGCAAGCGCGACUUAUGAGCCAAGCAUUGCGUAAAAUGUCAGGAAAUGCCUCCAAAGCUGGUUGUACUCUAAUAUUUCUGAAUCAAAUAAGAUACAAGAUUGGUGUAUAUUACGGGAAUCCUGAAGUGACCAGUGGAGGUAUUGCUCUGAAGUUCUUUGCAUCGCUUCGCCUUGAAAUACGUCCUACAGGGAAGAUAAAGUCUGCUAAAGGUGAUGAAGACAUUGGUGUUCGUGUUCGAGUUAGAGUGCAAAAGAGUAAGGUGUCAAGACCAUACAAGCAAGCAGAGUUUGAAAUUAUAUUCGGAGUGGGAGUGAGCAAACUGGGUUGCCUUUUGGACUUUGCUGAAAUGAUGGGUGUUGUGGUGAAGAAAGGCUCUUGGUACAGCUAUGGGGAUAAUAGGUUAGGUCAAGGACGAGACCGAGCAUUACAGUACUUGGCAGACAACCCUAUCCUGUGUGUUGAAAUAGAGAAGAUAGUUCAGCCCAUGAUGGUUGAGGGAAUCGGGCAAGCAGGUUUUCCAUUUGCAAAGCAUGCACUGACACAUCAAGAUGAAGAUACUGUCGAGGAGAUGCAAUAAGAUAUACAAAUUCUUCAUUUCUUUAAGGUUUUCUGUGUUGAUUGAAGCAUGGGGUAUUUGUGAAAGCUGAAUGGGAGGUUCAAUGAUUUAAUCAAUCUUGUUUGGUUUAGGUUUGGAGGUUUGAUGAUUCAACCUCACUCUUAGUCCCUCCCCCAUCGCAAACCACCACUCCAUUUUAGCUGCGAGAGAGAGAGAGAAGGUGGUAUUUUGGGGUGGGGCGGGGAGUUGUUGAGCGGCAGCAGCAGCAGCAGGAGGCACCAAUGGAGCGAGUGACGGUUUUUUUGAAAUUUAUUUGCCUAUUAAAUUGUUGGGUAAAGUUUUGUCGUUCCAUGUCCUUUUCAGUAGUUUAUCUUGUGUUAUCCCUCGACUUUCAUUCAGGACACUACAUUUAUAUACGUGAAGAUGCUUGUAAUUGUAUAUGACUAGUGCAUUAUAGUUUUUCUUUAAAGCAAAUCAUUUGCGAGGGUUUUUAUUAAUGGAAAGGAUGUAUAUCAAUCAAA